AUGGUGUUAUGUCUAUAUCCUCUAAAUCUGUACUUAAGACCACAGACCAUUCCUGUUAGGGCGAGAUAUUCUCACAGAGAACAGGAAACCAAAGAGGUGGUUGGCAGCAUCGAAGAAAGAAGAAUACUGCCCCAAAAAACUCAAUCGUUCAAAGGAGAGAGGAAUAAAAGUCCGAACUGGCUCCAGAGACGGUUUUCUGGACAAACAGGCCGGGAUUAUGAUAUCAGUGAUAGUGUCGAGUACCCAACAGCAGUUGCAGCAGCUGCAUUUGCAGUUAAAUUGCUUGAAGAAUCAAACAUCCCAGAUCAGAGAAAGACUGGUGGGGGCCUUGAUACCUCCAUGACCAAGACCAAGAGUAAAUCAGAAGAAAUAACUCAUGCAUCAGAAUCUCGUCGGGGAUCCAGAAGAUUCUCAGAUGACGUUUCAAUGAAAAAUUUGGAUGUUCCAGAUGAUAGGGGGCAAAAAACCAUAGCCACGGAUGGGAAGAUGCCUGAAAAGUCCGUUGGCCCUGCCCCAUCCAUCAGAAAGACAAUAACUUUUGCAGAUCAGCUCUCGAAUGACAAUGCUAAUAAGAAACCUGAAAAUGCAGAGCUCGGAACAUCCAUCUAUCCUGCUCCAGCCAUCAGAAAGACUCCAACUUUUGCAGAUAAGCUAUUUGACCGCACAGCCAGUAGAAAAACUGAAAGUCAAGUGCCAAACCCUGAACUUCCCUCCACCAAACAAUCCACAUUCUCACCAGCAGAAAUCAAAAGGCAGAGUUCAACAAAACCUGGAGGUACUGAGUCUGAGGCAGAUGCUUGGGAGAAAGCUGAGAUGGCUAAGAUCAAAGAAAAGUAUGAGAAGUUGGCUGCCAGAAUUCUUGCAUGGGAGAAUGAGAGGAAGACAAAAGCCAAAACCCGAUUGAGUAAAACAGAGGCUGAAUUAGACAGGAAAAGAGCAAAAGCCUUGCGACAAUACCGCAGCAAGAUCGAAAGCAUUGAUCAUAUUUCAGGAGGAGCGAGAGCACAAGCAGAGGAAAAUCAAAGAAAUGAAGAGUUCAAGGUGAAAGAGAAGGCAAACAAAAUCAGACUGACAGGGAGAUUCCCGGCUACAUGUUUCUGCUUCUGA